AUGCUAGGUAAAAGUUCGCCCUUUAAAAAACUGACACAUAGCCGUUCUGGAUCGACUGAAGAUCACUCUGGGUAUCAUUCUCACCGUCGAAGUGUUUCAGCCAGUAGCCAAGGACCUCCUAUUUCUGGUCACAAGAAGAGCGCGUCGAGAACAUCCAAUUCCUCUGUGAGUUCUAACUUUUUAGCCGAGCAAUAUGACCGGGAUAGACGUGCCAUUAUAUCCAGCUGUUUUGGUCAAACAGAAAAUAGUGGUAGCAGACCGUCGAAAACAUAUGUGACGCAUGUCAGAAUAAUCGAGGAUGCCCGUUUUCCAAGUUCAAGGCCUCCUGCCAAUUCACCUCUGGGAAAUAAGAAGAAGAGGGUACUCAUAAUUAGCUCAAAAACAGAUGGCUCUGGUAUGCAGUUGCAUAAGGCACGCGAAAAUAACAAUGGCAGCUUUCAAAUUGGCCGUACCUGGGAGCUUCGAGAAGUCUUGAGUAUUGAGCGUGACAUUGAACAACCAGAGGGAUUCCUUCUCACGAUGGGUAAAAAGUACUAUUGGGAAACAAAUUCUGCCAAGGAGCGAAUCGUAUUCAUCAAGAGCCUCGUAAAGAUAUACAUGGAGAAUUCAGGUGGUCACGUCCCGGCGUUGGUAAAUUGGGACUUGUCAAUGUUCUAUUUAGAUGAAAAAAGCUAUGAGAGAGCGUUGAUUCAACCAACAAAUAGAAAUAACUCACAGAAACCAUCGAACAAAACGACUCCUCAAACGUCUAGGCAGCGAUCCAUAAGUGAGCGUAAAGGAGGGGAGCAUGUGGCGGAUGUUGUAGCAAAAACUACCGAAUUAUCAAUGCCUGCGCCGCUAGCAGCAAAAAAACCAGUUUUGGUCCCUCCUCAAUCUUUUCCGCAUAAUUCAAAUGCCUCGGUUCAGAAGUUCACCACCCAAGCUCAAGAUAAGUUAGCUCAACAGCCUUCAAAGCAGGCAUUUAAACAUGAUCGAUUACCAGCGCAACAAACUCCUAAAAGUGCCCAAAACUCCUCUCAGGCAUCACCAGUAUCUUCGAGUCUUUCGAAAAAUCAUUCUGGUGAAUCACAGAAAAUUCAUCCACAAGGUUCAGUUCAUGAGAAUAUUGCAUAUGUGCCACCCCAAGUUCCUUCCCCGGAGCUGGCUGACAAACCUUUACAUUCGGCACCUGCUACAAAUAUAUCGCAACUGUCAUCAUCGCCUAGGAAGCCGUUGAGUAAAUCACCUUAUUCUCAAGUUAAAACGGUUAAUCAAAUGAAUGAUUCAUUACAAUCCCUGUCUUCUGCAAAGUUACAAACUAGUAAUACCUCGAGCAGUAAUAAUGUACAAAGUCUCCCAGAGAAAUCCGACAAUUUUUUGGCAGAGCUGAACACUGUAUUGACUUCUCCUGCCCAAAAUGUUGACUUUGUCAGUCACAGAAAGUCGUAUGUGGAGGUAGAGGCCGAAACUGAAUCAGUACCUGAAGCUCUUAACUAUGGCGAGGGUGGACUUGAUGAGAAUGCUGAGGAUAGAGAUGAAGAGGAUUUCGCAGAACUUUAUGAUUCCGGUUCAUCUCUUGAACAAUUCAACAGUACACGUGAUGAAACUCACGACGAUGGGAACGAGCUUUCAUUCGAGAAAGGGGACGAGGCUCGCUAUAGUCAGAUUCUUGAUUCCCCUGCAUCCCAUGCAUAUCAUGAGGUAUCUACAAUUAGAGAAGAACCUUUGACCCAACCUCAUUAUGAACUUGAAUCCGGGAGGGAAGACUCUCUCGAGAAAACAACUGGGCUAGCGGACAACCAAGCUCUUCUUGAAAUUCUUGAUGAUGUUAAUUGGGAUGUUGAUGAUGAUUGUGAUAGGGUUUUAGAAAAGCUUCACAGUAAGUUAGCCGAAACGGAGUACGGGUUCAACAAAGAAUUGCUGUCGUUACCUGAGCACUGUAAUGACUAUUCUUCUUACAAAAGUAGUGUCAUGAAGGAGUGUGAUAAAUUGGAUCCAAUCCUCUCGUUUUUUGUCAUUGAAAUGUCUACUGUAUCUCAGGAUAUCGAGUACGUGGAGAGUCAAGCAAACGGUCUUCAAGUUGAAAGCGCCAAUAAAAAAAUUCUUUGGAAAGAGCUUUCUGAAAUAUUGAACUCAGUUUCGAUAGAUGAAUCGUCAUUGAAUGAACUACUUUCAUUGACUUUAAGUGAACGAAAUUUGGAAAAGAUUGAGCGGUUGCUUUUCGCAUUAUAUACUGCUCUAAAAGCCAUUCGAGGUGAUAAGCAGGAGAAGGAAUUUAAUUUAGGUGAAAUGAGGGCCUUGAAAGAGAGACGCCAAGCUUAUGAAAAGGUAACUGGAAUGUUUCUAAGAAGAGCCGUUGAAGAAAUGGACAAAAAAUUCAAAACACUGGGCCAUGAUAAUGUUACUAACGAACAACUUGCAAAUAUUCUUUCGAGGAUGAUGAUUUACUCUUCUUUAGUUUCGUUCUGUAAGGACAUUUCUUCGGAAUCCUACUCGAAGAUAAUUGAAGAGUGGAACAGAGACAUUCGGGAAACAUAUGAAAAGAGGACCAAAACUAUAAUUUCAACCUUAAACCCACGUCAAACAGGUCUGGCACCAGGAGUUAAGAUUGCGACUCAGGAAGCCCAGUUGGAUCUACUACUUGAAUGUUGGCAAUCUUACAGAAAUUCGAAGUCUAUAAACCCAAACCUUCCAUCGAACUCACAAUACUUAGUCACAGUGAUAAAUUCAGUUUUGGCAAUGGAAGGCUUAUGUGUCACGUAUCAAAAUUUCAUCGACGGCUUCUUUCACAUUGGUGGCACAAUGGAUUUUGCUCAGUAUGUUACCGAUUUUCCCAAUCUUAAUUCCAGAAUACGUCCUUUAGAUGUUAUAGAAGAAAUGGAGCUUGAUCGUGAAUCAUCCAUUUUUAAGACAGAGCUCGUAACUGAAGUUUUUCAUCCCUUAUUUGCGGGGUAUUCCAACGGAUUGUUACAACUUGUCAAGCAGGAACAACUUUUGGCACCAGUGCUUUUAUUCUUAAUUGAAAGUGAAAUUAGUAAAUUCAAAUCCUCAAAUCAAGAGUUUUUAAUGUCAACUUUCAAAAAGAUCUUUGACAAAAUUAACCAAGAAUGGCGUGAGUUUCUUGACGAUCAAGUCGUCUACAUAGAAAGAGCCACGAUUGAUUUGAAAUCAAAGAAGAUUUCUCCUAUCAUUAUGGGUUUUCCUCUUUUCGUGAAGAAUCUAGUUGAUGAAAUUUCAUUUUUGAAGGGGAAAAUAGAACGGAGCCCUGCACAUUUUGUUCAGUCUCAAAAAGUACUCAACGAAAGCUUUACGGAAUAUGGUGCCGGCGUUAUUGCCCUUUUACUAAAAGAUUAUGAAAACGAAAGUCGUGCUGCAAACUUGCGCUCCUCUACCUCUCCAGAAGCACUCGAUGAGUGCGUAUCUUUACUUGUAAACGCAAAUUGGAUGUUGGAAAUGCUUCCUAUCUUUGGAAAUGAAUUAUUUUCCGAUUGUCUUUUAAGAACCAAGAAAGUAUUUGACCAUGAGAAAGAAAGAUAUUCGGAAAUAUUGAUAAAAUCUGCCAUGAAUCGCCUGUACAGUUUUGUUGAGGGUGCUUACGGCCUUGUGGAAGCUUCGCGUGCUCGUCCCGUGGACCCUUCUCGUUGGGCUGCGUACAGUAGACAAAACCUGAACAAGAUACUAGACCGUUAUACAUCCCACGAAAUCUCUACUCUUAUUGUGAGGCUCUACAGUUAUGUUGAGAGGGAUUUCUUGGGAGGAAAAGAGAGCAUUAUAAAUAGUCAGUUGUGCGAUAAAUUAUGGUCAUGUAUUCAAGGGCAAACUGUGUCUUUAUAUUUGAAGUUGCUGACACUCAUCGAUAAGCAUUACAAGGGAACAUCCGUGAAAUUUACUAAGAAUGAUAUCAUUACUGCAUUCAACGAACAUAAAAAAGUUUAA